ACAGCCUACAAUAAGAAAAUCCUAGCAGGCCUCUAUUCUUAACAAUGCAAGACUUUUUCCUUCCUGUUCCUGGAGGCCAGGCCUUCCUGCUUUCAUCAAACCAUAGGUGGAGUGGGCUAGAGUGGCUAGUGACCUCCUCUAGGAAGAACUUCUCUAGGGCCCCUCUAGGCUAUUUCUCUAUGAGCAGAAGAACCCAGGAGUUCCUGGCAGUUGGGGAAGUGGAAUCAGUUCCAGACUUGAGAAGGGAGAAUAUGUCACGCCCUUCAGCAGACCAAGAAGAGCCUUGGAAAGAGGAAACAAGGAGCAUGGGGUUGUUUUCUUUUCAUCCUACGCUGUGGAUGUGUGAAACAGAGGCCUCCUCCUCCUGGAGCCUUAAGUCAAAUGUUAUUGAGAGUGAAGCCUUUGGAAGCCAGGAGAAAGCGGAAAUGAGGACCACCAAGUGGAGCAUAUACCCACACCCCAAGCUCUGGUCUCAGCUUUGGACAAUCCUUUGCCCCACAUCUUGGAGCUUAGAAGAAGGGAGUAGUGGUCACCAUUCAUCUUGUGAUGCCUCCAGCAGCUAUGGUGAAAUGCUCACCGAGGCCUCCAUGAACGACAGAGCCAACUCCAUGCGCAGGGAUCGGCUCUUCCUGUCAGCAGCUUCUUCCGCCAAGAAGCAGCAGCCCCCUGAAGAUCAGGAGGAGGACUCCUGCGAGUAUGGGUCACUGACAUAUCUGUUACUCUGCUCGCUGGGUGGCGUCUUGAGCUGUGGAUUGACCCAUACGGCUGUUGUACCCCUGGAUGUUGUGAAGUGCCGGAUGCAGGUGGACCCAUACCGCUACAAAGGCCUUGUCCCAGGCCUAAACCGCACCGUGCAAGAAGAGGGGAUGCGUGGCCUGGUCAAGGGAUGGGCCCCAACAGCCAUCGGUUACUCAAUGCAAGGACUUGGCAAGUUUGGUCUCUAUGAGUUCUUCAAGAUCUACUACUCCGACUUGUUAGGUCCUGAACAAGCCUAUCUGUGGCGAACUAGCAUCUACCUUGCGGCUUCGGCCAGUGCUGAGUUCUUCGCCGACAUUGCGUUGGCCCCCAUGGAAGCGGUCAAGGUCCGGAUCCAGACCCAGCAGGGCUAUGCAAACACGCUGCGGGAGGCUGUACCCAAGAUGUACUUUGAAGAAGGGCUGUGGGCUUUCUAUAAGGGAGUCUCUCCACUGUGGAUGCGGCAGAUCCCGUACACCAUGAUGAAGUUCUCCUGCUUCGAGCGCACUGUGGAGGCUCUCUAUAAGUACGUCGUCCCCAAGCCACGUGAUAAGUGCAGCAAGAUGGAGCAACUGGGAGUCACGUUUGUUGGCGGAUAUAUCGCAGGCAUCUUCUGCGCAAUAGUCUCACACCCGGCUGAUUCUGUGGUGUCGGUGCUCAACAAAGAAAAGGGCAGCACUGCCCUGGGUGUCCUCAAGAGGUUGGGCAUGUAUGGCAUCUGGAAAGGUCUCUUCACCCGCAUCCUGAUGAUCGGCACUCUCACUGCCCUGCAGUGGUUCAUCUAUGACUCCGUUAAGGUUUAUCUCAGAUUGCCUCGCCCCCCACCGCCUGAGAUGCCUGCUUCUUUGAAGAAGAAUCUCUCUCAAAAAUAGGCACUCAACAUGUGGCUUCUGGUGCUUCAAAGAUGCCCUGAUAUAUGACAAUUUCUAGUCCACCAUCCAUGUGGCUUCCAGUGGACCAUAGAAAUUCAUUAUAGCCUUAUUCUAAUCUAAAAUCCAGCAGAACAGCCUUCCAGCAGUCUAUUCAACAAGCUAUAAUAACUGCUUACUGUAACAUUAAUGCACAUAAUUUAGCAAAAGUAUCAUUUUCGUAAUUCUAUUUUGGUCGCAUUUGUGCAAAUAUAUAAGAUGCUUUUGUGUUUUAAUAGGCUAUUAAAUGUUUUAUAGUUUUCCAGUUAUUAUCUGCUGGACAAGUUGAUGGUUAUAAUGCUAUUGUGGUGCAUUAAAUAUUAUUGUGAAUUGGUCAAGUUGUUAGUUCUCAGUAUCAGAAGCCAUCUUGAUUCUGAUAAAAUACUUUGCAGAAUCCUCAGUACAUUUGCAUGAUGUCAUUUUGGGGAUGAAGUAACAGAGUUUGCAGAUUACAUAUGCUAAAAAAUUGUAAGUUUAUAGGCAGUGAUUAUUACAUUUUGGAAGGUAUUUGGGGAUCACAGAACUUACAGUGGACCAAAAAGCCCACUUAUAUAUGAUCAAGGAGGAACUGUGUACACAUGUCAGGACUUUUGGCUUUCCUUUUCCAGGGCCCUGUACUGCACCAGGGUAAACUACAUUACCACAAGCUUUAUGGUAAUCUCCAUUUAAAAAAAUGCUUAGAGUAAAGACAAUUGUUAUUAUGCUGGAAAACAACAAAACAAAUGCAUUAUCUUUACAUUUUAGGAAUGCAGUUAAUUUGUUUAGCAGGCAACUUAUCUCCUUCAUAUAAAGGUUUGAAAGCUCUUGAUUUGGGGCAGUUCUAAUCUUUCUUUAGCAACCAUCCUACAGUUUGCUAUUCCGUUGGAAUUCACAAAUUCGAAUACGUAUAUUCUUUACUCAGGAUUUUCUGCAUUUCCCAUAAUGUAUAGUUUCUCAUCAAUUUUACUUGGACUUAUUGUUACCAUAGCAAAUAAAGUUAUUGUGGUUACUGUGUAAA